AUGGAUAAUUACACCAGUGAUGAAGACACAGAGGAGGACUUUGAUACCCAGCUCAUCAUCCAGCAGAGCUUACAGGACAUUCACCAGCUGAGGACUACACAGCAGGCAUCUGCAGAUGAGAGCUUCCAUUCCUUUUUGAGCUCGGACUACAAGAAGAUAAUUGAAACAAUAGAGGCAGGAGAUGCACUGUCACACUUGACCAAGCACCAUUCUGCUUUUGAUGAAGCAGAUGGGAUAGGCUGGCUUCCUCUGCAUAAGGCUGCAGUGCAGUUAAAUAAGGACAUUUUGGAAAUAACCCUGAAAGCUUCAAAACCCAGCAUGUGGGAGCAAACCACGCACAACGGUGAAACGCCACUUUUUUUGGCUGUCAGCACUUGCCUCUUGGAAAAUGCCCAUUUUCUUCUUCUCAGUGGCUGCAAUCCGAAUGCCAAGAAUUCUGAGGGCAAUUCGCCUCUUCUUACAGCUGUUCUGCGCAACUCCUAUGAGAUGGCCGCCUUGCUGAUCAGCUCUGGGGCAGACGUGAAUCUGCGGUGUACCAACGGAAGGACAGCUCUCCACGAAGCAGCCAGACUGGGCAGGCAGGACAUAGUGAAGCUGAUGUUGGUUUCUGGGGCACACCCUGACCCACAGAGCUCCUACGGAUUCACUCCUCUGGCUCUUGCUGCCCAAAGUGGACACACUGAAAUCAUGGAAAUGUUACUGCAGAAAGGAGCUAAUGCUCUUGGUCAGGCCUCAGACUCUUCUUCCAUCUUACUUGAGGCCGCUAGUGGAGGAAAUCCAGACUCUGUGGCUCUUCUACUAGAGCAUGGAGCUGAUGCCAACAUCCCCAAGAAUUCAGGCCACCUGCCCAUUCAUGUGGCAGCUGACAGAGGCCACUUGUUAGCCCUAAAGAUUUUGGUUCCAGUGACGGAUCUUGCUGCCAUUAAGCGGAGUGGCAUCAGUCCCGUCCACUGUGCAGCAGCAGGGGCACACCCCGAAUGCCUGGGACUCCUCAUCCAGGCGGGAUUUGAUGUAAAUUUCAUGCUAGAUCAGAGAAUUCGCAAACACUAUGAUGACCACAGGAAGUCAGCUUUGUAUUUUGCCGUAUCAAAUGGUGACCUCUCUUCAGUUAAGCUGCUUCUGAGUGCUGGAGCUCUGCCUAACCAAGACCCAGUUAACUGCCUCCAGAUAGCCCUACGGAUGGGCAACUAUGAGCUGAUAAGUCUGCUGCUACGGCAUGGGGCCAACGUCAAUUAUUUCUGCAGGGUCAACCCUUUACAUUUCCCAUCAGCACUGCAAUACACACUGAAAGAUGAAGUCAUGCUCAGGAUGCUGUUGAAUUACGGGUAUGACGUAGAGCGAUGCUUUGAUUGUCCUCAUGGAGACAAAGUUCAUCCUUGCUAUACUUUUGAAGGCUGGACAUCUACAGUUAUCAAAGAUACUAUGUUCUGUGAAGUAAUAACAUUGUCGUGGCUGCAACAUCUCUCUGGGGAGGUUGUUCGAGUGAUGCUUGAUUACGUCGAUCAAGUUCGAAUCUGUUCAAAGUUGAAAGCUGUGCUCCAAAAACAGGGGCUCUGGUCAGAAAUCCAUUUGAUCUUGACAAAUCCUCGACCCCUCAGACAUCUGUGCCGUCUGAAGAUCCGGCAGUGUAUGGGGCGCUUACGUCUGCGCUGCCCGGUCUUCAUGUCCUUCCUUCCAUUACCAAACCGUCUCAAAGCCUAUGUCCUUUACAAAGAAUAUGACCUUUAUGGACAAGGAAUUUUCACAGGAACCUGGUAG